AUGGUGAAGCAGCGGAGCAGCGGGGUGUCUCCUCCGGACGGGGGGUGGGGCUGGGUGAUCGUCGGCUGCUGCUUCAUGGUGACGGUCUGCACACGAGCAGUGACCAGGUGCAUCUCCAUCUUCUUCGCCGAGUUUCAGGCUCAUUUCGGAGCCGACUACUCAGAGACAGCGUGGAUCCACAGUCUGGUGGACUGCACCACGAUGCUCGGUGCUCCUGUCGGCAGUCUGGUUGGGAACCGGUGGUCAUGCCGGGGGACGGUGAUGUUGGGAGGACUUAUCUCGUCCUGUGGCCUCCUCCUCAGCUCCUUCACCAGCAGCCUAGAGCUGCUCUAUGUCUUCAUGGGCGUCCUCACAGGUCUGGGUUUCGCUCUCUGUUACACGCCGGCCAUCGCCAUGGUGGGUUGUUAUUUCCAGCGGAGGAAGGCUCUGGCCUACGGCGUCGCCAUGUCAGGCAGCGGGAUCGGGACGUUUGUCUUGGCUCCGGUCGUGCAGCUGUUGAUCGAGCUGUACUCGUGGAGGGGGGCGCUGCUCGUCCUCAGCGCCUUCGUCGCCAACCUCUGUGUCUGUGGGGCGCUUCUUCGACCGAUCACACUGCGGGAGGAGGAGACGGACUCAGCGGGGGAGGACACACGUGGUCCUGUGUCAUCGCAGGAUGCCGAACUCGCAGUGAAGCUCUCCAAAGAAUCUGACGUUGGAUGUUCUUCAUCAGGUGCGUCGCCCUCUCCUUCUUUACCGUCGCUACCCCUCCUGCAGAGAAACCCCACCCCUCAGGUGGAGAGGUGGAGAUGCUCCAGCUCCUGCUUCUGGUCAAGUGAGGAGUACCGCUUCCUGCUGCUGCCCGACUUCCUGUUCCUGGCCGUGUCCUUCCUGUUCUUAGCCAGCGGCUGCAGCCUCCCCUUCGUCUACCUGGUGCCCUAUGCUCUGCAUGCCGGCGUCAGGCACCAGCACGCCGCUUUCCUCAUGUCGAUCCUUGGAGUCAUUGACAUCGUGGGGAACAUCACCUUCGGCUGGCUGACAGACCGCAGGUGUUUGAAGCCGUAUCGUCUCACCUGUUAUAUCGUCUCCGUGGCGAUGGAGGGUCUCUGCUGCCUCUUCGUGCCGUUGCUUCGAUCCUUCCCGAUCCUCGUGCCCUUCGCAGUUCUCUUCGGAUACUUCGACGGAGCCUACGUUGCUCUGAUCCCUGUGGUGACUUCGGAUGUGGUGGGAGCUCCAUACCUGUCCUCGGCACUGGGUGUGGUCUAUUUCCUCCACGCCAUCCCGUAUCUCGUCAGCCCGCCCAUCGGGGGUUGGCUGGUUGACAUCACAGGAAGUUACACAGCCACCUUCCUGCUCAGUGGCGCUGCCCUGUUGGCGAGCGCGCUCAUCCUCUCUACCGUCGCUGGGAUUCGUCGCUGCUGCCUCCACCGCACGAGGGCGCACCUGAGUUAUUGAUCCGUUCUUGAUGUUAUUGAUCUGAGUUGUUGAUG